AUGAAACACAAAAAUCUUUAUUUUUUCAGCUUUGGUACCAACAAACCGUCGGACGAAAUGACGGACGGCGAGCACGACGGUGAACACAACACAGAGGAGAAGAAACUGGGACCUCAGGAUCCAGAAACAGUGGAGAAGGAGUUGGAAGAAGUGGGAUUCGUUGCUCCGCCAGAUGGUGGAUAUGGAUGGGCAAUCGUUGCUUCUUCCUUCCUGAUCAACAUGGUCGUUGAUGGUGUCAUCUUCACAGUCGGAAAGAUCCUUCAACCAGCAUGGGUUCAUGGGUUCAACAUCUCUGAAGCCUCUGCUGCUAUGACAAUGUCCAUUCUUUCCGGAUUCUACUUUUUCGUUGGACCAGUCGCAUCAGCUCUCUGCAAUGUGUUCGGGUGCCGUCAAGUCGCUCUCGCCGGAUCGGUUAUCGCUGCUGUUGGAUUUCUUCUGUCCAUCCCAGCACCAAAUAUCUAUAUGCUCUACCUCACUUUUGGUCUCAUCGCUGGAGCUGGAUUUGGAAUGAUGUACCUGCCAGCCAUUGUCAUCAUCUCCCAGUAUUUUGCUAAGAAACGUUCAUUGGCCACUGGAAUCGCUGUGUGUGGAUCUGGAAUUGGUACAACAGUGUUCGCGAUGCUCAACGAUGUGGUCUGGGAGUUUGUGAAAAAAGAUUGGCAACAAUUCCUGGUCUACACCGCUACCGUUACUAUCUCUGGAUUUGCCGCUGCUCUUCUCCUCCGCCCACUGAAAGCCAGUCAAGACCAAAUUGAAAAGGUUGCUGAGAUUGUUGAGAACUAUGAACAGCACAAAGACAAGGUUCCUGAGUCUCCAUCUCUCAGCAAGCACAAUACACCAUUCCUGAGCUCAUUGGAGCUUCACACCGCUGGAAAGCACGGAAAUGGAGUGCAUCGCAACGGAUCCGUCAAGAGCAUCAUCGAAGCUGUCGCCAAGGAUGUCGAAGAGCUCAAUCGCCCAUUGGCUCGUAUGGAUGUUUUUUACACUGGAUCGACUACGAACAUUGCCGCGAGAAGCCGCACUGGAACCAUGAAUCGCGAAGAAGCUGCCGAGCAUUUGAAGAAUCUUCGCGAGAACUUGAAAGAAGGAACUCCACAGCAAUACCUUUCCAAAUUGGAGCUCAAUGUUGCCGAUGAUGGAACCAUCCAGCACGUUCAAGAGAAAAGUGUCAUGAGAGAUAUUGGGCAAGCAUUGAAGAAUCUUUUGGACAGACAACUCCUCGGAUCACCAUCGUUCUUGCUUCUUGCUUUCUCGGGAACUCUGACUCUUUGCUGUUUCUACGUCCCAUUCAUCUAUCUUGGAAACCAUUUGGACAAGAUCGAAGGUCUUACUGUCGCCGAGAAAUCCUUCACCGUCUCCCUCAUCGGAGUGUUAAACAUCAUUGCUCGUAUCGGUUGCGGAUACAUUGCUGACCGUCCAGAAGUCUCUGCAUUGGUUGUGAACAACAUCGCUCUCAUUUUGGCUGGACUCGCCACCAUGACUGUUCCAUUCUACACUGCCUAUUGGCAUUUCUUGGCUUUCUGUUUCCCAUUCUCAGUUGGAGUCGCAUGCUUCGCCGCUCUUCGUUCUGUGAUUGUCCUCGAGUUGAUCGGAUUGGAAAAGAUGAGCAACGCCUUCGGAAUCCUCCUCACUUUCAUGGGCGUUGGUGCUGUUAUCGGAUCGCCAAUGGCUGCAGCCAUGAAGGAUUACACCGGAAACUUCGAUACAUCCUUCUACGUCAUGGGAGCAUUGAUGGCUAUCAGUGGAGCUAUGUGCAUUCCACUUGGAGCUCUCCGCAAAUGGGAGCUGAACCGUGUUACUACAUCAGAUGCUAAGGCAGAGGUUGAACUUCAGAAGCUCACCGAGGAGGAGGCCAAGGCCAUUUGA